AUGUCCGCAUUUGAUUCAUUGGGGAAAUUCAACGAUUGGAUAAAGUACUACGCUGCAGUGGUUACAUCUUUCACUAUCCUACUCGAAUCUUACAUCCACGCUGAUCAAUUAAUUUGUAUUUUCAAUCAAACAUCCGAAUUAGAUGGGAUUUUUGCAGCCAUUAGGGUGGACCUUAGUCAAAGGGACACAGACACGUGUAGGGUGUACAUGAGGAAAUUUAUCUUUCUUACAUUGAUGUUGAUCGUCCUGGAGCUGUGGCCAAUGUCCUUCUUCCUCACAAACACCCCAAUGCUCAACUACUGGCUCCUAACAACCCCCCUCCUUGUGCAGAGUCGCUUUCGACAGCUGCAGCAUAUUCUGUACAUUGAUUUGUGCCACCAUUACGCCAGGGUAUUAGCAUGCAAUGCGAAGCAACUUGCCAUUUUUCUCAACUCCCUCGAAACCACAACAACCUGCAGUGGGAUAUCCCUUGAGAAAUAUCCCUUCGCAUUUGUCCACCACCGUUUCCGGAUGCUACAAAAAUCCCAUCAUAUCAUAUGGAAAAUAUCAAAUUGCAUCAAUCAGUACUUCGGGUGGUCCCAAGUGGCCAAUUAUUCAUUCCAUUUUCUCCAAAUACUCGCCGAUUGCUACUGGCUCUACUGGCGCAUCUACAAUAAAUCCUACGGCAUUGGUUUAUGUGGUAUGCCCCCCAUAAUGAGCAAAAUUCAUCAAUUACUCCUCAUGCUUUGUAACGUGCCUUUCAUCUUCUUCAUUUUUUGA